GUAUCCAGGCUCACACUUUACUUCACUCUCAAUCUUAAUUCUCUACUUUGAAGUUUUCAAUUUUCCAAUUCCAGUUCGAUCCGAAACGCAAAAUGGCGGAGAAAACACACGGAGUAACAGAAGAAGAAGAAGAGAACUUCAACCAAGAGAAGAAGAAAACGACAACGGAAAACCUAUACGACGUCGUUCAUCGUUUCAUAUCAGAACCUUCUCACACUGCAAAUCGGAUCAAAACCUCUCUCUCUCCUUUCAUCCCCGAAGCUUCUAGAAACUACACUCGCCGUGUUCUUCUCUGGUCUCGUCAAGGCUCUCCCUUCCGUCCUCUCCUUCUGAUUUCGGUUGGGACAAUCGCACUUGUUGCCUUGACAGGACUCGUUACCUUUAUCCUUCUCCUUCUGGUUGCAACUAUCAAUGCCAUCAUUGUCUCUCUUCUCAUUUCUUUGGCUGUAGCUGGAGGAUUCUUGGCUCUUUUCUUUGCUUUAGUUACAGCAACAUAUAUUGGAGCAUUAUCAGUGGCCAUAUUUGCUAUUUCCACAGUAACGUUUUGGACAACCGUGGCUAUUGUGAUAACUACAGGAUGGGUUGGAUUCUUAUAUACUGUAUGGUUGGUAACUAGAAAGAGCAUUGGAUUUGCAAAACAAUCGUUAAGCGCAAGUGGAUCAGCAAUUUCAACUUAUUCUGCGGCUUGGGGUAGCCGCAACCAUUUACACAAACAUUCCGAUUAGGAGCUGAGCUGUCACAGUUAGGAGCUUAUGCGAUAAGGUUACAUGCGGAUGCUGCAAAUAGAAAAGUUUCUUCUGUUGACUGGAACAUUCCUCAAUCCCACUCAGUGUUUGGUUUGGAUGGCUAUGAUUAUGUUUGUACUUAUGAGCUGAGAGCAGUGUGGAUAAAAAAAAAUGCUAGUAGUGUGUAUUAUGUUUCAAUUUAGGGUUGAAAAAGCAGUGGCUUUUCUUUGUUGGCCCGUGUUAUUACCCGGAGUAUUGUACAACCUAAUGCAUACAUGAAAUUGCAUUUGCGUCGUGAUUAAUGUAAUGCAAGGAUCUCCUUCUGUAUAUAUUUGUGUAGCUACCCAUCACUUAAAGAAUGGGGGGAAAGUAAAAAACAAGGGAAAUUCAGUUAAAA